AUGAGCAGCAAGCAAAUUCCCGCACAGCAACAGCAGGUGCUCGAGGGGCACACCUGUGGCUCCAUAGUCUGCAUCGGCACCAAGCGGCCGCUUUCGGAUCCCGACCAGCCAGGCAUCGACCUGCAAAUAUACCCGCCCAAGAGGGUGUGCACUUCUCGUGUGAGUGACACCAGCAAAACGCUCAACCCCAGCACCAAGAGAAAGUUCACAGAUGAUGACAGUUCGCUCGAUGAUGAUGGACCGUCGCCUGCCAAAAAGACACGCACAUAUGGUGACGCGGAAGACACUAACCACACGAUACAUGACAUUGUAGAUGACUCGUUGGUGUUGCAUACCCAGAUUAUUGCCCGCAAAACUGACAGCCAUUUACGCGCAAAGAAGCGCCAGGUCACAAGAAACAAGACUGUGGGCAGACGAGUAAGCGCUCACACCAAGCGGAGUAUUCAGGCACUACUGGUGCAUCCUAUCGACAUUCUGUCACCGACAAGCACAGGGCAGGCUCAGACUUCAACUGGAGUCGUACUAUCAGCAGCAAGAGUUCAGUCUGCUACUGAAGUGACUUCCAAGGCAGAAUGCUCCAUCACCAAGAGAAAGAUUGCCAAUGAUGAGGAUUCAUCUGAUGAUGAAGGGCCAUCGCCUCCUAAAAAGGCACACACUUCAAGCGAUAUGGAUGGUGAAUCGCUGGUGUUGCGUACUCGGAUUGUUUCCAGGAAGGACGUCAGCCAAAUACGCGCAAAGAAGCGCCAGGUCACAAGAAAAAGGGUUGCGGACAGACGAGCAAGCGCCCACACCAAUCAGAGUAUUCAGGCACUACUCUCACACCCUAUCGACAUGCCAUCGCUGGCAAGCCCGGAGCAGAUUCAGAUUUCAACUGGAGUCGUACCAUUAGCAACAGGAGCUCAGCCCGCUGCUCAAACAACUGAUCAGCCGGUAAGCUCUGGCGUCAAGAUGCGUCAGACAGACAAGGAUCUGGUGAAGAACAACAGGACAUCGCCAGCAAAAACGGCGCAGGCAACGGCUUCAAGUGAAGGCGAGUCUUCAAUACCUAGCCCCCGAUCAUCUGCCAAAAAGGCUGGCAGCCAGUCGCGCAAAAAGAAGAAUUUAGCAGCCAAAACUAAAGGCCCUGGCAUGCAGCCCAGAAUUCGCACCAGACAGAGUGCUCAUGCACAAGUUUCAAGCUCAGGCGAUAAAUUGCUGUCGCCAAUUAACUCACCCACCUCAAGCCAACCAAAAGAGUGGUCUCCAGAGUCCAGCGAGAUUGGGACCGCUGCCAGGUUGAACGAGUCUUCCAGUUCCACAUUAUCCUCAGCACCGAGUAUGGCAUCAUAUACAGCAGAAUCCUCACUCGAUAGCAGGUGGUGUAGUGAUGACGAUGACGAGACAGACACUGAGGCAGACAUGUGGGUCAAGACGCGGCUCAUUAGAGAUGCAGAUGCAGUGCUCGACAUCGCAAAACCGCGGAGUGCUGCCGGGAGAGUGCUUGCCAGCAACAUUUCCAAGCACAUCUCAGCUGAGCUAGAGCAUCGGCUCAACACAGCUAGCACAUACGCAAUAGCUGACACCAGCAAAACCCAGUUGGCUUCGGAAGCGCCCAUGCAAAACAACAACUAUCGACAGCUGCUGCUCUCCGACACAACAACAUCUGCCAUGAGCAAGGAUGAGCGCAGUGCAGCCACGGCCAAUGUAUUUGCAGGGUUUCAGGAGUGGAUUGCACCCGAGUCGAUACAGCAUCAGCCUAUUGGAGCAACAUUUACACCACCAGACAGUACCUGUGGUGAUGAUACGGACGAUGCUAAACAGAUACACAUAUCGGUGCAGUCAUUCAUUUAUUUCGUCACGCAGCAGAUCGACAGUUUCAUUAGCGCACUAGAUGCAGACGCGCUUGGGGAACAUCGCACAUAUCGCCGUCUUCUACCAUGCAUGAAUCAAGAGUGCCAUCCCAGCAACACAGGCAACUCUCCAACCAUCGAAGCAGGCAUCACUACACAACACAGAGACAGCAGUAUCGAGCCGCUCAACAGCUUCUGCUAUGCUGAUGCAUUCGCUGUCAUCGAGGCACGACCAGGCAAAACUCGGCGCACCAUUGACAAGGCAUAUGCGCAGCUGAUGCAGAACACACGCAGCAUCUAUAAGGCUCAGUUUGACCGGCGCUUUGUUUUUGGCUUGACCGUCUGUGACAACGAGGUGCGGGUGUGUCUAUUUUCCAAUGACGUGGUCUUCUCGUCCAGCGCUCUUGACAUGUCCACUGCAUUUGGUCGCCAACAGUUCAUCGAGCUGCUAGUUUACUGGUCUCUCUGCGGUGAGGACCAGUUGGGAUUCGACACAACAGUCUACUGGGACAAGGAUAACAACUACGGGACCAUCGAGUGUCCUGACACAGCAGACGAGUCAUCGUGUUCUGCAGCCACAAAAAUGUACUACUUUGACAAGGUGCUACCAGGAGCAGAAAGCCUUUUCGGUCGGCACACGAGGUGCUUUUUGGUGACAGACGAGAGGCCUUCUGGCGACAAAAUCAAGCCCAAGUUUGCUUUGAAGGACACAUGGCCGGAGGCCACAGAGGACCCUGCCAGAGAUAGGCGAGACGAGGUGAUGUUUAUGCGCAGAAUCACAGAGGAACUUGUGAACUCAGAUGUCGAGGACCUGGUCUAUCCGAAGCUCGAAGCCGGUGGUCGCGUCUCGAUCGAUACUGACGGGGGCCGAUUUGAGGACAACACGAGAAAUGCACUGGGUCCGCUCUACUUGCUGCGCAAGCCAGACAAUGCAGCAAUACCGUUCCGCGUCCAUAAGCGCCUGGUUAUGUCACCGGUUGGCGAACCACUGGAAACCGUCGAGUCUGUCCACGAGCUUAUUGUUGUGCUAGGUGAUGCGAUGCGCUGCCACACCGAGGUUCUGCGGCGGUGCAACAUCCUUCACCGUGACAUCUCAAACAACAAUAUCCUUGUCGUGCGUGAGGAAGGCAAACAACCUCGCGGAUUACUGAUAGAUUUCGACUGCGCAGUGGAUGUAAAUGAGCACCAGGCGCCGAACCCAGAGAAUGUGGGGACAUUCCCCUACAGGAGCAUCAACAAUCUAUUUGGAUCAAAUGUGGAGCGGACAGAGUUGGACGAUUGGGAGUCGCUACUCUACCUACUGUGUCUCUGUGCAACAAUCGGUGUCAGGGAAGAUUAUAAUCGGUCACUCAAGGAUACAGAAGGGUUGAAAAUUAAGAAAUGGCACACAGGAGAUGCUUACAAUGCUGCGUGUUCAAAGACGGUGCAACUCUCUUGCGUUGAGGAGUUUAACGAUGCAAUCGUUCGCAGCUUCAACCAAGCCCAGCCCGAUAUCGAAUAUCUACAAGGUCUUGCAAGAGGACUGUACAUGGAGUUGUUCAGUAAUCGGGCUCUAAAAAAUCCUCAGUAUUGGGGGACGCUCACGCGAAGUAUUGGAAGAAUGUCCAAACCAAGUAUCCCUUCCAAGGAGCGGGUGAAGAUAAAGAAUAGUGUUGCUGAUACCCUGCUGACGACGAUGAGUGCUGCCUAUCUAAAAUCAGCUAGUAUCCUUUCCGCAUCUAUACAAUAAAUGUUUUUAUUACCGUCACUUAUCGACGCUGUCUGCUACAAUGCGUGUCUGUUGCUCAAAGGGCUGUAGCCGUUAGGUGCAGCGGGCCACAUGAUGACGAGCACCUGGCGCAUAUGGAAGCAAUGGAGUUUUAUGACUAAUUUUGCUUUGUAUUCUGGGGAAAUCUCCGCCAUAACGGCACCACAUUUGCCUGGGGUAUACUCGCCGAUCGCCCCAGCCUGGAAGCUGCAGAAGCCUU